AUGACCUCUUGUGGGCUGCACACGUUCAGAAGGGCUAUUGCCCUAAAGACACAAGGACCUGCCAAGCCUGCUCAUUUGGAAGCCACAUCAGUCAAACGAAAAGCAGAUGCUGUUGGUGGGGUUGACCCUAAAAGGAAGAAAACAGAUUUCUUUGACCCUGGCGAGGAGCCAUCAGGCUCAGAAGAGAAACCAGAGUCCCAGCAGAACAAGAAGAUGUCAGAAAUUUUACCAGAAGGCUUCUUUGAUGACCCUAAGAUGGAUGCUAAGGUCAGGAAAGUGGAGUACAAAGACAAAAUGGAGGAGGAGUGGGACCUGUUUCAGAGAGCCAUGAAGGAAGAAGCUCAUGUUUCUGAGGUCAUCAUGGAAGAAGAGGAUGAGCAGGCCAAUCUGGACAGAAACAUUGAUGAGAUUGACGACCAGAUUCACAGGUGGCAGGAAGUGGAAAACCUCCAUGUGAAGAAAGAAACCAUUCUGAAGACGACAACAAAAGAAGGACAGAAGGAUGAGGACAGUGGGGACGAUUUAGAGGAGGAAGACCUCGACCAGUUCUUGGAAUGGCGGGCCAAGAAAGUGAUGAAAUGA